AUGGGUCAGCGACAAUCCACCAACAACACCGACUCCGAAGAACCUCCUGCUAAAUCUGACUAUUAUGAUCUCCUUGGGGUUGAACGCACGGCCACUGACGACGAGAUCAAGAAAGCCUACCGCCGAAAGGCUCUUGAGUUACACCCUGAUCGAAACUACGGUGAUGUCGAGAAUGCCACCAGACUGUUCGCCGAAAUUCAGUCCGCCUACGAAGUCCUCUCUGAUCCUCAAGAAAGAGCCUGGUAUGAUUCGCACAGAGACAUUCUCCUUCGAGGAGAUCAAGCCACCGGACCGGACGCAAAUGAAUUUUCCUAUAAUAUUCGCAUGACCACGGCCGAGGAGGUAUUGAAAUUCAUGUUGAAAUUCAAUGGUCGGUUGGAAUACACCGAUGCUCCUAACGGCUUCUAUGGCGGCCUGAAUGAUUUCUUCAAACAACUGGCGAAAGAGGAGGAUAUUGCGCGUCGCUGGGAGAAUCAAGAACCCAUGGAAUACCCCGAGUUCGGUUUUGAGAAUGACGAUUACGGUGAUGUGGUUCGACCGUUUUAUGCAGCAUGGAAUGGUUUUGCUACGAAAAAGAGUUAUGCUUGGAAGGACCAAUACAGAGUGUCCGAUGCCCCCGAUCGACGGAUCCGGCGUCUCAUGGAGAAAGAGAACAAGAAACUGCGCGAAGAUGCUAUACAAGAAUACAAUGAAGCGGUUCGCUCCCUCGUUGCCUUUGUUCGAAAACGGGAUCCGAGAGUCCAGAAUAACCAGAGGUCCGAAGCGGAACGACAAAAGGCUCUUCGAGAAGCCACCGCGGCGCAAGCAGCGCGCUCAAGAGCGGCUCGACAGGCCCAGUUUGAAGAGUGGGAUGCUAACGCGAUACCGGAGUGGGCCCAAUCACGAACCCGGGAUGAGCACGAGGGAGGUUUUUCGAGUGAGUCGGAGGCGGAAGAACAUGAAUACGACUGCGUGGUCUGUGAUAAGACUUUCAAAAGCGAAGCACAAUUCAAAGCACAUGAAAAGAGCAAGAAGCACCAGAAAUUGCUGAAGCAAUUGACGAGGGAGAUGCGUGAUGGGGGUGAAGCGCUGAAUCUGGAGGCGGGAGCGGCAACACCUGUGCCUGAAACAGCCGAUGUCGACGACGAGGAAGUGCGACAAGUGCCUUAUCAAUCACGACCCGAAAAGGCAGACCCCUUUGAUGAUGAUAACAAUACUUCUAAUAAUGCUCUGACGCCCCCGACACCCAACGGAGAGGCAGGUCCGGAGGAUGACGGUCCUGAACCGUCCGACGCUUCUGACGACGAUUAUGUGUCUCGAUUUGAUAUCGAACAACGGCUUGCCGGAGGACCAGCCGAGAAGGUCUCUGGAAAACUUGACGAUCUCUGUCCAGGAGGGACGCCUGCAACAUCGGGUCCCGAAGAUCCAGAGACCACACAACCCAAGGUGGGCAAAGCCAAGCAAAGACGAGCAAAGAAGGCUGCUCAAAAAGCAGCUGGGCAGUCUGAUCGGCCGCCCGCGGACGUUCGGUGUGUCGUAUGCAAGGCUGAGUUCCCUUCGAAGACGCGAUUAUUUAACCAUAUCAAGGAGCAAAACCAUGCAGCUCCAGUGACAGAAGUCAGAGGGACCAAAGGGGGAAAAGGAAAGAGAAGAUGA